CAUAGGAAGGCUAACCUCGUCCUGUGUACCAAGCGGUCUCAGUUCAGCGGUCUACCUUUCACUGGUCUUCAAGCCUUCGGUCAAGAUGAGUGAUAAGCCAGACUUGUCUGAAGUGGAGAAGUUUGACAAGUCAAAACUGAAGAAAACUAACACUAAAGAAAAAAACACUCUUCCCUCAAAGGAAACUAUUUGGGUCUUUGAUCUCAUCCCUAAUGAGCCAUGCAAACUGUGGUUUUGGCCUUCUCUACCUGAUGACAAGAUGAGCUAUCCAGCAGGAGAAAGAGUGUGGUCAAACAUCGUAAGAUGGGGAUCUCCUUGCAAGAGCAAAUUUCAACAUUGCUUGAGUGUCUUGAUUUUGGUAAAACUUUGUAGAGAUUUUAGGCAUCUUCUGAUGUCUUCUCACCCACAAUCCCUGGCUAAGAGGUCAGGGGUAGCCUACGUUCCCUGACAUUCAUUUUAAAACUUCCAUUGGUGCGUAAAUUCCAGCUGGCAGAUGCUGUCAAUAAUCUAACCGUUGAUGACCUUUGUGCUUGUAGUCUUUGCACCCCCUACCGGAUAAGCCACUUUUAACUUUCUACAAUGGUUCCCUCUAUUGCUUUAUAAUCUUCAUGAAGUUGCAUGCUUUUGCAUCUUCUCACAGUUUAUUUUCAUUUGUAAUGGAGCAAUAAAAUAAUAAAUAUAAUCAGUAUGUUUAUAAUAGGCUCCCGUGGUUCAUUCCUGGUGGUCUUCUAAGGAAUGAAAGUACACAAGGGUACUUUUCAGCCAAAAAAAAUGGGUGCAGGAAAGCUGCUUCAGCAGAUUUGGCACAAGGGAAAGGCCUUCCUCUGAUCUGGACAGAAGAGGGCCUUUGGGGAUUGUGUGGCUGAACCAUACUGACUCCAUUUUGUCAGCUCCAUCUUAGUCCACACAGUCCUAACUCCUCCCCUUUCCACGUGACUGAGCUUUAGCCUAAUUUACAAGGAGUGAGUCCAAGCCAGAUGAGUUCCCUAUCAACUUUUACCCUUGCCUUCAUCUGAUAUGAAACCUGGAAGAGUGCCUUUUGCUGACAUAGAUGGUUAAUGGUCAUGAGACCCCUGGGGAGAGGAAAAAACUCCUAUUCCAGUUGGUGCAGACGUGCUUCUUUCUUGGUAGUCAGAUUCUACUUUUAGCUUUGGCCCCUUUAAAUUCCUCUGUACCCUUUUUGGCAGUGCAGUGUGCAGUGCAGCUGUGAAUGCCUCUGGAUUAUCUGUCUGCCCUAUCUAUCGUGCCUGUAUGUAAGUUACCCACAGAAAACUUCAUAAUUGCACUUUAUGGAGCUGCUCGCUUCAUUUUUCAGUCUCAAAGUUCCUUCUCAGUUUGUAGGAUAUUAUUCAGUAUGUCU